UUGGGUUUACAACCACGCCUACAUUUGUCGAUGGUCGGCUGUUGAUGAGAAUGACAGAAAAUGGCUAAACUUUGGAAAACACAUCAAUUCCACAUCUGUUUUUUCGCUUUUGGAACAAUUUUAUUGACGAUUACUAACGGAAACCUUGUGUCAGAAUGUAAUGAAAGAUGUUCAAGUUCAGUGGCAAGCAUCAUAUCAGACACCGGCCAAUGUGACGCACCAUGCAGAAAUAGCUCAUGUUCAACGGGAUGUUCAUCCUGGGACAACUCCACACUUUCACAGUGCCAUGCAGUGUGUAAUGAGACAUACACAUCAGAACCAUUCAGGGUGCAAUAUUGCCAGUCGGGUUGCCUGUUUGCAGAAAAUGAAUACGCAAAAGCAGUGAUCGAUGAAAUAGGGCAGCCAUCAUCCCCUCAGCCGAGCAACAUAGGAACAACAUCCCUGACCCUGUCCUGGACGGCAGCCAGUCAUCAGGAUGUGAGGUACCUGGUGCAAUGGAGAUACGUGGAGGGAGGGGGCGAGGCAUGGAACUACUUUGGGUCAGGAGAGCCGAUAUCAGAAACCACUCUGGACAUAACUGAUCUGAUUCCUUACACUCUCUAUCAGUUCCGAGUCGUCUGGGUAAUCACCCCCAGACACACCCUCACGUCACAGGCAACCAGUAGUGUGCAGACACUGCCCUUUGGAGUCCCUUCUACCGCACCCACCAUCACAAGCAUCGUGAGCUCCAGCCCUACGACCAUCUCCCUUACCUGGGAUCCGCCCCCUUUCCCCAACGGACCAAUCAUAGGCUACACCAUCGCCGUCCAGAACUUCUUCAACGAGGCUAGGAUCGUGCUGGGCGUAGGCGGGUCGACGACGGAGGCCACCGUAGUAGACUCUUCAUUGAGGGCGUCGACUCUGUAUGCGGUGUCCGUGAGAGCGCGGAACAUGGAAGGCGAGGGAAUAAGCGAUACGGUCAACAUCACCACAGGAGCUGAGCCCCAAAAUCUUGGUGUGGUCCCAUACCUUGUCAUUGGUGUCACUAGUUUGAGCUUUACCAAUUUGUCAGAAAUGUCUUCGGUAUCAUUGGUUGAGUAUGGGAAGCGAAUUAUAGAUUCUGACCCUUUACUGAAUGACAUACACACCGUGGAUAACGAAAACUCCACAAUAUCUGAUGUUGCUGUGGACUACUGGGAGAACUUCAUUUUCAUUAGUGAUUCUGACGGACGCAUCCAUCGCCGUACCAUUGACCCUGCAAACUUGACCCUUGCACCUUCGGAAGUCCUUUACACCGAUCAGAGCACAGCUCCUACAAAGCUUGAUGUUGAUUGGCUGAACGAGCAGCUGUACUUUGUUCAAGGGACAGAGAUUUUACGCUGUGAUCUGAAUGUCUCUGGUUGUUCUGUUGCUGUGGCUAACCUAGGGUCGGUGCCUGUGGAAAUGAAGGUUGAUCCGUUUAGUGGGUACUUGUUCUGGAGUGAGCAAGAUGUUGGAAUCCGGCGAACGUCUCUGACAUCUUCCACCGUCGAGGCUAGCAGUGUUGAUAUCAUCAUUAAUCUGUCAGGGCAGUCAUCGUUCACUGUCCUGUCAGAAACGUUCCAGAUACUCUACUCCAACUCGACUGGCAAUUCCAUGCACAGUGCUUCACUGGAUGGCAGCAACCAGAAGGCUAUGCAUGUUGCUGAAGACACAUCGAAUCAUCAGUUCAUCAACGUCACCAGCAUCGUAUACUUCAACAGUUCUCUCACCUGGACCUUCGCAAGAGAGACCGGCAGCGUGGCAUCAUGCUUUUUAGGUGACCCAAACUAUAAUUAUCGGGACACCGAGCGAAUCUUUUUUGAAGGGAAUCCAGGACAGUUUACGCAAGGGGAUUUGUUUCUCUGCGUGGAUGGAUACCAUGGCUUAGACGUUUUCUACCCGACCUACCAGCCGAUACCUAUCCCAGCAUUCCCUCCUACAGACCUGCAGGUCCUCUUCACUGAGGGUACGGCAGACAUCACAUGGACCAGACCGCUCAGUAUUCCAGGCAAAGGAGAGGAGGCUUGGGAGGAGUGGCUCUAUGAAAUCCUUCUAACCAAUCUUCAAAUUGGCAACACAGUCACCCUGACCGGUCUCCAGGAAGAUUCAGCUCUAGUUGAUAACCUCAACGGAAGCACAGAGUACUCGGUCCAAGUCCGGGCCUAUUCGAUAGGGGGUCUUGGCCCCUUGUCUGAGACCUUCUCUGGAUCUACUCUCAUUGAAGUGGAUGUGGAGCCAUACUUGAUACUUGCUAAUGCUACUGAUGUCUGGAGGAGCCAGCUAGAUGGCAAUGCAGAAUCUCGGCUCUUAUCCCCCCAGGCAACCAUUAAAGAUAUUGAGUGGUAUCAAGGCUACUAUAUUUGGAGUUCAACUAUGGGUGACCUCUAUCGGUCAGCAGAGGGCGACGUAAUAGAGGAGCAGUUGACCUUUGUCCCUCCUGGGGUCAGAAGUUCCGUGGAUGCUAUAGCUGUGGACUGGCUAAGUGAAUUUAUCUACUGGGCUGACCGUGACCAAAAUCAGAUUAUCCGAGGGAGAUUAUCAAAUCAAUCCUCCGUCGUGACCUCCCCGACCUCCAUCAACGCCUUCGCCAAUGAUGUCCAAGACAUAGCCAUCGACUCGGUCCAGGCUUACAUCUACUGGACAUCAUCCUCGUCCGUCGAGGGGUCGCGACUUAACGGCGAGAGCCCUCUGGUGUUCUAUGAGAUCGGUGACCUCUCGCUGGAUGUUGUUGCAGGGUUGACCCUUGACCUGGGAGGGGGAUACGUCUAUUGGUUUGUGGUGUCUAGGCAAGGCGUCACCGAGGAGCUGAAGCUGUUUCGGGCCCGGCUGGCAGGGAUAAGCCCUGAUCCAAUGUCAACGACAGAGGAGAUUGGUGAAGUGCUGUCAGAGACAACGAGCCUGGCGCUGCAUUUCUACAGCUCCAAACUCUUCUGGAUCAACAGCCAGUCGAGGGUAGAGGUCAGCGAUGACCGUGGCCAGAGACAAGCCUUGCUACCGGCUACCGAUGUCCAGGCAUUGACCAUUGUACAGGAGACACUCAAACCUUUACCUGAGGGUUACAGUGAGCGCCCAACUGUGGUGGCCGAAGAAAUCUCGCCCUCCUCCAUCCAGGUCACAGGUACAUGGGAUGACUUUAACAUCACAUGGCAGGCCAGCACAGAGGUCAACUACGGGAUUGUGUUUUACACCAUAGCUGUGACGGCUCCUGAACAAACGUAUACAGAGACUGUACAGGUGAUUAUGUUGUACCUUGUUCUGUAAAUCGGCUUUUAUUUU